AAGAGUGCCAAGUCGACUUCUGAGUUUGACGUUUGCAGCUUCAUCUUCACUAGUCCUUCGUUCAAAUCACUGUUGUACUUUUUGCACUUUCACAAGACCCAGCCACCGAGAUGGCUUCUCCACGUACGAGACGUAAACUGAACUCUAUCCGGACCGUUGACGAGAACCAUAAAUGCUUCGAGUGUGGCACUCUGAACCCUCAAUGGGUGUCCGUGACUUACGGAAUCUGGAUUUGUCUGGAAUGCUCGGGAGUGCACCGUAGUCUGGGGGUGCACCUAUCAUUCGUGCGCUCCGUUACCAUGGAUAAGUGGAAGGAUAUCGAGCUCGAAAAGAUGAUGGUGGGAGGAAAUGCAAAGGCCCGCGAAUUCUUUGAAAGUCAGCCGGACUACAAGCCUGGCAUGACCCUGCCGCAAAAGUACAAUACCAAAGCUGCUGCCAUGUACCGUCAAAAGAUCACGGCUCUUGCCGAGGGUCGUCCGUGGAGCCCCAGUGACUACAAGCCGGACACGGUGGAGAAGGCAGACCCCUGGCCACGCGAUCUCUACUCCGCCGGAGACGCGAGCUUCCCCAUCAGCGGAUCGGAUAACAACAUCAGCUAUCACAGCGAGUACGGAAGUGGCCGCUACACCGGCUUUGGCAACACGAAACAAUCGCAGUCGACGCCGAUGUCGCCGAUGCAUAGCGGCAACGAAGUGGUCGACAACACUCUAGCAUCACUUGCCACGGGCUGGUCGAUCUUUGCGUCGUCUGUGAGUAAGGCGGCACGGACAGCCACUGAAAGCGCAGUGCGCUACGGAGGCAUCGCCACACAGAAGGUCUCAGAAAUGGCCUCUACUGUCACCGAGAAGGUGAACAACCGUGGGGGCUGGAGCUCGCUGGGCGGGACAAACGAGAUGCGCCGCGGAAGCAACUCGGGACCGUACCAGUCGCAGAGCUACGGCGCUAUGAAGAGCUCCACUUCUGAGCCCUACUCUCAAUGGAACGAGCAAACCCAGCCGCAUUGGAAUACAGUGGCAGCCCGGAAUAAUACGCAGGCGCAAAACGACCUGUCACAAGUUGGAAUCCGCAGCCCUCCGCCCGACAUCAAGAACAUAGUCAUCAAAAAGAAGGAUGACGACGAAUCCUGGGACUGGCUCAACAACUAAGAUCUGACGCGUUACUCCGGAUUUCAAGAAUCAAUUGCAGUUCAAUUAUUUAAAUUGAUGUAUUUACCGCCAUAUUAUACUGAGACCAUAAGUUGUGCUUGUAGCGUCGACCGUUUGACAGUGUUCUACCAUCCGAAUCCUUAGCGAGAUAUUAAAGAACCUUCCUUUGCAUAGAGUGAAACCUUACCACAAAUAAAUACCGAUAAAUAAAUAAAUAAAAUAAAAAAUAAAAACCUUUCUAAAAUCCGUCGUUUAAUCGGCUUGCCGAACUUCAUGUGACGUCACGAAUCGGGGAUCGCCAUCUUGGUUGUUUACGCGGUACGACAGAAUCAAAUCGAUGUUCGAUUUGCUCCAAUCUGAAUCGGCUUCGUCUUACUCGGAAUUUUUCAUAUUUAUUGAAAUUAAAAUCGGCGUAAUAAGAAAAUCAAGCAUUUCGUGCUCAUGCCAAACGGUAAAAGUAUUAAAAUAUGCUAUUCAGCGGAAUUAAUAUUAUGCUGGUAAGAUAUGUCGAAGAAAUUCAAUCCCUAAUUUAAAUUUUUAGUGAAAUCCAUUUCGGUCAAAGUUGAGACUCUCAUUCAAUGCAGCAAGCCAGCUUAUUGCCUAGUAACACAUGUAACCAUGAAUGUUAAGUGCUUUGGGAUAAAAAUCCUUCGGUGUUGCGUUACUAUACUAUUAUUCGGCGAGACUACGAAAAUGAUAGACAGAUAAACUGCACUUGUUCGUAUAAUAGGUGAGAAUAUGCGAGGAAAAUUUAUCCAAAAAGCUACUGUGUUUAUGUGACCACUUCUAGGCUCAUCAUCCUGACACACCCCGGACACUUCAUACAAACAACCCCAUUUUACACAGACACUACACAUUGACAUUAUCGUACAAGCGCAUCUGUGUGUGUGAUGUCUGAUGCCAUACGAUUCAAAUCUAAACUAAGUUGGGGGGGGAAGGUUUAAACCUAACUCAGACGCUGGUGGGGAGCGGAGAGAUGCCGUUCUAUACGUAGUAUUAUUCCUUAUUCUAAAAGUAUUUUUUUAAAUAAAUAUCCGAGGACGGAGUUCCGACGGCGCCGUUCACCUAGUACAAUCAUGAGCAAUAUAAUGUACCCACUUUAAGACUGUCGCACUAACAUAUUUGACAUUUAGUGAGACUUACAAUUCAAUUUGUCAAAAAGUUAAUGUGACAUGGUACCAAAGUAUAUACAUAUUAAUGCUCGUGACCGUACAAAGUUGUCCCUUUACAUUUAAUAAGUAUUCCCCUUUCAAGCGUUAAAAACAUAAACUUAUUAACAAAAUCGAAAAGUGAACAAUAAAUGCAGCAUUUUAUUAACUGCUUGAAUCUGUUUGUAUUCCCACAUGAAAUUAUUUAGUAUAAUAUAUAUCCUAAACAUUAUGAACCUCGCAAUAUACAUGUACUUGUACUUGUUAUACGGGAGACAAGACCGAUAGAUUUUGUGGAUUAACAUAAUUAUGAAUGUUGCAUUGUGAUAUUGAUAAUAAUUUUUCGAAUUUCAUAAUAUUCGUUGUCUUCGCCUAAUAAUAAACAUCACAUCACCGGUUGCUCGUAACACGAAUCAAUAUUUGUCUAGUUCAUGAUUUUAUGUAAUAUAAUGGUGCUGAUUUCAGUACACACCAUCUAACUUUAUUUUAAGUUAUACCUAUCAUUUUAUUAUCCGCCGAAAAGGAAAGGGACGGGUAAUCGACAGGCAUAAAAUUUAUGGGACACACGUAAAUUUUAGGCAGAUGUUUAAAAUCCCUCCCAAAAUUUUAUACUGGCCAAUAAUCCGACAGAAUUAAGUUGACAGCACACGUCCACUGGUUGCAUAUCAGCCGGUCCGCGGAGGUCCGUGUUGCUCUUUGCAUAUCAGCUAGGUAUUCAUUUUAAAAUUAACAGUUGUUCAUCAUCCGUCCCUUUCCUUUUCGGCGGAUAAGAAAAUGACGGGUAUAACUUAAAAUAAAAUUAGGUGUCUGCAGGAAUCGGAGCCAAUAUAAUCCGAAAUGCGAAUAAGUGCAGUACCUAAGUAUAAUGUUAUAUCUUUUAAUAUUUGACAUGGAAAAGAUAUUGGAACAUUCCUGGGGCUUUAGUCAAGUUGCAAACUACGAAAUACGACAGUGAAAAAAACGUACGGGAUUCACAUGUCACAUUAUUGUCGCUUAUCGCUGCCGUUUGCGACAUGGCUGACCCCAAUGACUUGUAUUCGCGCCGCGACAGGCCUACAGGAAUCUUACAAGAUAACAGAUGGUUUCUAAACGACGAAUAAAUAUUUUAUAGACUGCUUUGUAGCUGCUGACUUGUAAGUUUCCUACACCUGCGUAUUAUUAAAAAAUAAUGUUUACAUAUUAGAUAAUCUAGUGGUAAUAUUGCCACACUAACUAAGCUACGUCUAUACCCAAUAUUGAUAUUUGAUUGAACUGUUUAUUACAUUAUUGUAAUAUUUUUGAAAAGCUGUCCAUUAUUUGAGCUAUUAUUAGGUACCUAUAAAAUAUGUAUAAAAGUAAUCAGUAUCGAGAAUAUUUUUGCGAUUUUCUUAUAAUAUAUUUAUUUGUAAACUUUAUAUUUAAGGCCUUUGCUCAUCAGAUCUUUUUGAUCACACUUUAACAUUGAAAGAUGAAGAUAUUCUGGGCAUGGUCCUUCGUACGAAAAAUGCAUUAGUAAAUAAAUUACACUCAGCUAAAUAAUUGUGGAGUGAGGAAAUUGUCGCUCUGGCAAUGAUUAUCGAAACUGUAAUAGGGUUGUUCUUAAAUGUACAAAUGAUAUAAAUCUACGAAAUAUAAAAUUGCAGUUCAAUUCUAUUAGAAUAAAUUCGUUAGCAUCAAAAUAAAAAUAUUUAGAAUAAUGUGACGAAGCAUUUAUUUUGGUAUUAAAUAAAAUAUUCCGUAUUGUAGGCUGAUGGAGGGCCCGUCGAGCUUUAAAACUAUUUUAUGACUGCUUUUGUAUGAGAAAAAAGCGAAAGAAAGCCGGAACGCGCUGAGCAAUACUAUAAUAUUUCAGUGGCGUGAAGGUAAAUCGGGUCGUUUCUGCUGCUAUAGAGUAACGACAAUGUUCACUAUUGUUCUACUGUUUUGUCACUAUACGUGGUGUUAGUAACAUCGUAGCGAAUACUGAGGGGGAUGAUUUAGACCAUGAUUCGACAGAAAAUUCCACUUGAUAUUAAUUCUCAAGUGGAUUUUUCCGUCGCAAUUUAUGUAUUUUUUUAAAUUAUUUUAAAUUCCGUAUAUUUGCGACGGAAAAUUUCACUUGGCAUUAACUCAGAAUAAAGAGUUGAAUCGUCCCCCUCAGUGUUUGUUUCGUAACAAGUAACAGUCACUAACACCCUGUAAACAGAUUUCAUUGUUGAUUAACUGUUAUAUUUGUUUGUCUUGUAUGAAAGCAGUCUUAUUUGUGUGUCAUGUAUAAAGCUUUAUUGGAGUUGCCUUUGCCCGAUAGUUGGGCUAUGCGUGGGAUAGAUGUACGUGCGGUAGGUACGCGUGAAGUAGAUAGGAGAUAAUACCCCUAACUCUCGGAGACUGCCAAGACAGAGAAGAGGGGGGAAUAGAACACUUUUGUUUUUAUUACAAUUCUGACUGCCGCCAGAAAUUGUACAAAAGAGGUUUGAAAUGAUGGUUGGCGGUGAUAAAGUAAGUUGGUUAAUUUUACUAUCUAUAAAUCGAAAUUUAGGAGAUAUAUUAUAAUAAUAAUUAAUAAAUGCUAUUACACCGUGUUUUAGCCGGCCAGUCUAAAUCUGGUCAGUGCUUUUAAAUCUAAUUAUUUAAAUCAUGUUAGAAACUAUAGGUAUAGUCUGCGCACAAGUUCUUCUCAGACAGUGACAGAGAGAGGCGUCAAGCUGAAUAAGUGUUUGUCUACCUCUCUCGCUCUGCCCCUCACAUACUUCAGCAGGGCUAACAUGCGCAACGUGAUAACAUUAUCGAUCGAUUCAAUUGUCGAAAUCGAUGAUUGUUUUUUUCCCUAAUAUGCGUGGCACGGGCUGAAAGAUAUGACAUGGCUUCACAUAUUAGCACCAAUCGACAAAACAACAUAAUUAUAUCGUCUUAUUACCGUUACAAAAUUUUAUCUCGUGGCGCAUGUUAGCCCUACAGGUGGUGACAAGGACUUUCGCGCGGACCAUAGGAGGUGACGGUAUUAAACCCCAUUGUUAAAUAUAAACGAAGUAAAGGUGAAGUGGUAGAAUCAAUCUGAUUGAUAGGGUUUGUGCUGAAGGUAGGUUACGCCCACCUGUACAUAAAUUGAAGGAGUGACUUCACUCGAGCCACUAGAUUUGCUACCAUUUUUACCGCACGGCUUUCAGACAUGUAACCUUUAACAAUGAAAUACUUAUGCUUAGAAAAAGAGUAGGUAGCUCAAUAAAGGCACGCGACUACCACACUUGAACCCACAUAUCCACACUGAUCGAAUGGCACUAAAGGCGGGAAGGAGAAUAGAAAAUAUAUUUAGCUAGCUACAUUUAUUGUUAUACCUAAUUUUUAUUGCUAUGUAUUUUAUAAGUUUUAUUUGAAUCUUUAUGUACAAAAUAUAAUUUUAGCUACUAAACUCUGUUUAAGUUAUGUUGUGAACAGAAAUUAACGCUGUUAUUGAUGUACGCGGUGAUGUAGAGCAAAUAGUGUGUGAUCAAAUUAGUGUGAUAUAAUAUUUAUUUUACAAUUAUUCUACUUAGUUGAAUAGGUACCAACCACUGGCGUUCUACUACUGAGUAAUUUUACCUCGUCCGCAUGGAGUUUACUCCAAACUUCAGCUACAAAUGUAAAGUCAAAAUUAUAUACAUAAUAAAUAAUGUUAAAUGAUCAGAACUCGAAGUUUUUAUAGCAACAAACACAAGGCAAAAAUUUACUACAAUAAAAUUUCGCUAUAGCUGUUUAUCAAAAGCCAUUUUUGAUAAGAGUAUCAGCGAUGCACAGGUUUGGUCACACAAGGUUUGCCUUAGAAAUAAUUCCAUAAAUAUUGCUCUACAUGUUAUUAAUAAUUGUGGUUCCGAGUUCUAUGAUAGUCUAAUGUUGUAGGUCUCAAACAGGUGUUGAUAAUUGUUGUAGGUAAGCCCCUGUUCAGCUACGGAACAAAAUAUGUCGUUAGACGUGUUAUGAUUCACGUGUUACAUCAGUAGACAUUUUAUCCCGCGGCGUAUUUCCCCCGAAUGUAAUCCUGGAUCUAUGUUCUAUGUUUUUACCUUUGUGAUCCCUUUUAAAGUAUAUUAUUAUUUAAUGUAUUGAAUUGAAAUAAAUAAAUUAGUUUGUGAAA